CCUGGGCCACAGGGAUCUGCACCCCCACUCCGUGCCCUCACGUCUUCAGCAGUGGUUGGGGCCUGUGCUCCCAAUCCCAGGCCAGCCAGGUACUCGGGGGUCUGGGUGGGUCCCUGGUCCAGACAGUGGGAAGGGCUGGCGAGGGCCUCCAGUGUGGCUGGGAUGCCUGUCUACGGCCAGGUUUCUCUCCUGGAUUGCUCAGUGCAGAAUCAAAGGGCACUUUUCUGCUUUUGUGUGCAGAAACCGAGGCUGACCUUGUCAUCAGGAGGGGAAGCGGGGCCUCCUACGCGUGCUGCUGGCUCCUAUCCCCACAGCCUCCUGGGCAGGAAGUGGAAAGGCCCUAUCCCCAUGGUCCCCAGCAGCGGGAGCUCCCUGAGGCUGAUGGUGUUGGUGUCUGUUGAGGAAGACCAGGCCUGCGGAUCUGAGGCGGGAGGCAGCUACGGUCCGCAGCCUGGACGGAUUCCUGUGCGGGGCUGGGGCAGUAGGACCAUGAACGGCACCUACAACACCUGUGGCUCCGGUGACAUCACCUGGCCCCCGACGAUCAAGCUGGGCUUCUACGCCUACUUGGGCAUCCUGCUGGUGCUGGGCCUGCUGCUCAACAGCCUGGCGCUCUGGGUGUUCUGCUGCCGCAUGCAGCAGUGGACGGAGACCCGCAUCUACAUGACCAACCUGGCGGUGGCCGACCUCUGCCUGCUGUGUGCCUUGCCCUUCGUGCUGUACUCCCUGCAGGACACCUCAGACACGCCACUGUGCCAGCUCUCCCAGGGCAUCUACCUGACCAACAGGUACAUGAGCAUCAGCCUGGUCACGGCCAUUGCCGUGGACCGCUACAUGGCCGUGCGGCACCCACUGCGUGCCCGUGGGCUGCGGUCCCCCAGGCAGGCUGCGGCUGUGUGCGCGGUCCUCUGGGUGCUGGUCGUCAGCUCCCUGGUGGCUUACUGGUUCCUGGGGAUGCAGGAGGGUGGCUUCUGCUUUGGGAGUACCCGGCACAAUUUCAACUCCGUGGCCUUCCCGCUGCUGGGAUUCUACCUGCCACUGGCCGUGGUGGUCUUCUGCUCCCUGAAGGUGGUGACUGCUCUGGCCCAGAGGCCACCCACUGAUGUGGGGCAGGCAGAGGCCAGCCAUAGGGCUGCCUGUAUGGUCUGGGCCAACCUCGUGGUGUUUGUGGUCUGCUUCUUGCCCCUGCAUGUGGGGUUGACGGUGCGCCUCGCUGUGGGCUGGAAUGCCUGUGCCCUCCAGGAGAUGCUCCGUCGUACCCUCUUCAUAACCAGCAAGCUCUCAGAUGCCAACUGCUGCCUGGAUGCCAUCUGCUACUACUACAUGGCCAAGGAGUUCCAAGAGGCGUCUGCAUUGGCUGUGGCUCCCAGUGCCAAGGCCCAUAAAAGCCAGGCCUCUCUGUGUGUGACCCUCGCCUAGGAGGCGUGCAGUGGGCGCUGUGGGCCAGGUCUUGGGGGCUCCGGGAGGUGCUGCCUGUCAGGGGAAGGUGGGACCAGCAGCAAGGAGCCCGGGAUCAACCCUGAACUCACUGUGCGCUCUCUUGGAGCCUUGGGUGGGCGGGGAUGGCCCAGGUACCUGCUCUCUUGGGGAGAGGGACAGGGACAAGGGCAAGAGGACGGAGAUCAGAGCAAGGCCAAUGUCAGAGACCCCCGGGUUGGGGCCUCACACUUGCCACCCCCAGAACCAGCUCACCGGGCCAAAGUGAGUUCCUGCUGGCUAGGGUGCAGCCUUGAGGACACCUGCCGCCACCCCUCGGGGCUGGAAUAAAACUCCCCACCCAGAGUCA